AUGAUACCCAGAAUUCGACACUCGCUGCCGAUUCGGAACCUCACUCGAACGAGGAUCUCGCCCACGAGUCGCUUUCCACCCAGUCGAUCAACCUCUUCUCUCAUCAGACCUGCCCAGCCCAGAUCCGUUCUGCCAGGCUCCACUACCGCAGGUGCGCCAGCUCCUAUCCGAUCUCUAUACCGGAACCUCGCGACCGCAGUAGAAAUCCCGAACCCCUCCGCACCCCUCUUCCCACCUAUCCACCUACCCGCUUCGCCCCUCAUGUCGAACCCCUUUCCCCCCGUGCCCGCCAUCCCCAAGGCGGACGGCCCCGUCAACCUCCAUCUCCCACCCACGGAUGAUCGCGUCCACAAGUACUUUACACUUCCGAACGGGAUGGAGGUGAUUGUCGUAUCGGAUCCGAAAGCCGAUAAGGCGGCCGCGGCGAUGGAUGUAGGUGUGGGGCAUCUGAGCGAUCCGGCCGAUCUGCCCGGUUGUGCUCAUUUCUGCGAACAUCUGUUGUUCAUGGGUACCAAGACCUUCCCUUCGGAGAAUGAGUACUCGGCGUACCUGUCCAAGAACAAUGGUCACUCAAACGCGUGGACAGCUAUGACCAGCACCACCUAUUUCUUCGACGUCGGCGCGGACGCGCUCGAGGGUGCUCUCGACCGAUUCUCGGGCUUUUUCUACGAGCCCCUCUUCAACGAGGACUGUACGGAGCGCGAAAUCAAAGCCGUCGACUCGGAGCACAAGAAGAAUCUUCAAAAUGACAUGUGGCGAUUCUUCCAGAUGGAAAAGCACGUCUUCCGCGAGGACCACCCAUACCACAAGUUCGGGACGGGCAACUACGAGACCCUCUGGUCUAGGCCCAAAGCGGACGGCCGGGACCCGCGGCAACAGCUCAUCGAAUGGUGGAAGAAGUAUUACUGCGCGAGGCGGAUGAAGUUGGCAGUCAAUGGCAAAGAGGACGUAGAGACUUUGGAAAAGUGGGUGCGGGAGCGGUUUGAGCGGGUGGAAGUCAGGAGCGAGGGGUCGCCGCCGGUCGGUGUCGAGGGAGUGAGGAUUGCAUUUGAUGAGUCUCCGAUGGGUCCUGAACAGAUGGGCGUCAUCACGUUCGCUCGGCCCGUCAAGGACAAUCGAGGAUUGGAGAUUACAUUCCCGUUCCCCGACCUUACGCAUUUAUACAAGUCCAAGCCGACCAACUACAUCACGCAUUUCCUCGGGCACGAGGGCAAGGGCUCGGUAUUGAGCUACCUCAAGAGCAAGGGGUGGACCAACUACCUCCGAGCGGGGAUGGCGCACGGUGUGGCCGGGUUUGACUUUUUCAAAGUCACCGUCGACCUCACCCCUGAGGGUUUGCAACACUGGAACGACGUCGCCCUCGUCAUCUUCAAAUACAUCUCCCUCCUUCGCUCCGCCCCACCCUCUUCCCUCAUCUUUGAAGACCUCAAGCAAAUGGCCGAAAUCUCCUUCCGGUUCGCCGAGAAGCACAAGCCCGACAUGUACUGCGUUGAGCUCACGGCGGGGAUGCAGGAUCCCGUCCCGCGCGACCGGAUCAUCUCUGCCAAAUGGCUCAUCGAGGAGUAUAACCAGGAAGAGUUGGAAAGCACGCUGCUGUACCUCGACCCCCGGAAGGCUGCUAUUGGCGUCACGUCCAGAGAGCUGCCCAAGGGCGUGGAGGGGACUUUCGAUCUCAAGGAGCCGAUCUAUGGAACGGAACAUAAGCGCGUGCGCGUGAGCGACGAGUUUAUGAAGGAGCCCGCCCUCCGCCCCGAACUCCUUCGCAACACCCCGCUCUCUCGUCUCUGGUACAAGCGUGACGACACCUUCUGGCUUCCCAAAGCCAACAUCGAUGCCAAACUCACCUCUCCCCUUUUUACAACUUCCCCGCGCAACGCCGUGCUCACGUCGCUCUUAUGCGAGGUCUUCACCGACGCAGGUACGGAGGACGUGUACGAUGCUGAGCUCGCCGAGUUGUACUUCCGUGUCUAUGCGGGCGGGGAUUAUAUCGGGAUCACGACGAGGGGGUUCAGCGACAAGCUGUCGGUACUGAGCGAGCGGAUGCUGGGGAAAUUGGUCAAGCUUGAGAUUGACCCGGAGAGGUUCAGGGAGAUUAUCGAUCAGCUGAAAUUGAUGUGGGAGAACUUUAAGUUGGGGGAACCGUAUCGCCAGGCUGGGUUCUGGGAUUCUUAUGCUACCAGCGAGGUGGCGUGGACUCAGGCUGAGAGGUUGGCGGAGCUGGAUCAUAUCUCACCCGCGGACGUCCAGGCUUUCGCCAAGGAGGUGUUCCAGCGGACGUACAUCGAGACUCUGGUUCACGGCAACACCACACCGGAGGGCGCCAAGUCCAUGCAAGACAUGAUUGAAAGUACCCUGUCUCCUCGACCGAUCACUGAGACGGAGAAAAACGGCCACCGCUCGCUCAUCGUCCCCGUCGGGAACCACGUCCUCUCCCUCCCUCACCCCAACCCCGCCGAAGUCAGUAAUGCGAUCAUCUACCACGUCCAUAUCGGGGACCCGGACAACCAAGCCCUCCGGACCCGCCUCAACAUGUUUGACCAGAUCGUACAUGAACCAGCCUUCGACCAGCUUCGGACCAAGGAGCAAUUGGGCUAUAUCGUCCAGACGUCAGUCAGUUCCCGGGUCGGCUCGCUCGGCUGGAAAGUCCUCAUCCAGAGCGAAAGGGAUCCGGUGUAUCUCGAGACGAGGGUGGACUCGUUCCUUGCUCAGGCAAAGGUGUUGCUCGAGGGUCUGUCGGAGGAGGAGUUUGAUCGGCAUAGGUCGAGUCUGAUUGCGAAGCGGGAGGAGAGGCCGAAGAAUCUGGGUGAGGAGUCGAAGCGAUACUGGGCUAGAGUGGCGGAUAAGACGUAUGAAUUUGGGCGGCGUCAAGCGGAAAUUGAAGAAUUGCGCAAAACGACCAAAGCAGACGUCAUUUCCCUCCUUACGGACCUUAUUGCUCCUACCUCCCCCACCCGGUCCAAGCUCUCUACACACCUCAAAUCCACCUACUCUGGCGUCAAAUUCGACAUGGCAUCGGCCCAACCCCUCGUGGCGGGCUUUAUGAAGCACAAUGUCGCCGUCGAUCAGUCGGCCAUGGGUGCCCUCAUGGCGUCCGCGCCGGACCUGCAAAAAGUAAAGGACUUUGCGCUGGCGGCUGUGGAUAAAGCGGCGGGGUUGGCGGAGGCGGCCGGUAUGGAAUUGAGGGAGAUGAUUGGGGGGUUGAAGGGCAAGGAGGCUACGGCGAGCACUGGGGCGGAUGGGGCAGGGGAGGACAAGUUGGAUGAGAAGACGGUGUGGAUCAGGAAUCAGGAGGAGCUGUUGAGCUUCAAGGCGGGGCUGAGGGGGAGUAAGGCGCAGAUGCCGGUGGAGCCUAUCGAGGUGGGUUCGGCGAAAUUGUAA